UCAUUUCAAUUUCCAGCUUGGUGCUUCAUCACCCAUUUCCGCAAUUUCUCUCGCUCUCCUCCCUCCCUCCCUCUCAGCCUCUCUAGCCAGACCUUCUUCGUUCUGCUGCUGAGCUGAACGUUAUGUCUUCGGACGAGGAGGACGGAGAGGAGUACCUCUUCAAGAUCGUCAUCAUCGGCGACUCUGCUGUUGGCAAAUCCAACCUCCUCUCUCGCUAUGCUCGCAACGAGUUUAACAUGCAUUCCAAGGCCACCAUCGGCGUCGAGUUUCAGACUCAGAGCAUGGAAAUCGACGGCAAGGAAGUCAAGGCUCAGAUUUGGGACACUGCCGGCCAAGAGCGCUUCCGUGCCGUCACUUCUGCCUACUACAGAGGCGCUGUCGGUGCUCUUAUUGUCUACGAUAUUAGCCGGAGAACCACUUUCGACAGCGUCGGCCGCUGGCUGGAUGAGCUUAAAACUCACUGCGAUACAACAGUGGCAUGGAUGCUUGUGGGCAACAAAUGUGACUUGGAUAACAUCAGAAGUGUGAGUGUUGAGGAAGGGAAAAGUCUAGCAGAAGCAGAAGGCCUAUUCUUCAUGGAAACAUCUGCUUUAGACUCAACAAAUGUGAAGACUGCUUUUGAGAUGGUUAUUCGUGAGAUUUACAGUAAUGUGAGCAGAAAGGUGCUCAACUCAGACACCUACAAGUCAGAGCUAUCCGUCAACAGAGUGAGCCUUGUUAAUGGGGCCACCGAAUCCAAGCAGACCCAAAGUUACAUUUCUUGUUGUUCCAGAUGACCAUCGUUGUCGUAUCCAACUAAGCAGAAGCUGGUUUGCCAACUCAGUACGGUGGUCUGUUAGCUGGAAUACUAAACGGGUUGGUUUUAUUCUGUAAUGGAAAUUGUUUCAAAAGUUAUUGGAUUUACAAGAAGCACAAGACGUUAUAUAGAAAUGGAAUUGUUAUUUUAAAUUGUAAGAAAGUUUAAUUUUAUGAUUGGGAUACAAGAAGGUUGUAACUGCAAAAAUCUAGUGGUGGAAGUUGUGGUUGAAAGCCAUAAUUUUGCUUAAA